AUGGGUCAUCAGGGUAAGAAUCCGCAAUCCAAAAGACGGUUUCCGAUGUUUCUGUCGGCACCAUCGCAACUUCGGCGACAGUACCGUGGCAAUCAGCUCCGGAAUCGCCAAGUUUUCCUACGCAUGUCAUUGACAGAAGGCUCUCAUAAUCGCCAGCGUCGAUUCGACGGAGCCAACUCUUCUGCCGCCCCACGUACGUUCCCGCCCGUCAACCACCACCUCCUUCGUGUAUACAAGUCCCUUCUCCAACGCAACCGCAUUGUCACCCAGGAGCUCAAUACCCUUAAGCAGCAUCUUGAAACCCUUCAGCCAUCACGUAGCCUGCAUGAGAUAAUGGAUUGGGAACCCAUUCCGCCAGCGGACACUCAUCACCAGCAGCAGCAGCAGCAGCAACAGGGGCAGCAGUGGUGGAGGAUUUUGGACAUGCCCAACUCAGCCUCCUAG